AUGUAUGCAGGUUUAUUUAAACCAGGAUGUCAAGACUCUCACGUGAUCCUGGCCUUUGACGAAGGUCAAGAGUUUGUGCGAGACCACACCACAGCAGUAGUUUCAACAAGGCUGCCAGCAAAAAGUUCUUCUUCAGCAGGAACAACACACUGGGUUGGGUUUUCGUCCUGCCGGAAAAGAGUCUGGGGAAUGCAAGGCUCCAAUGCAAACGGUGUCCUUCCGAUUGGAAUUGCAGACCGUAUUCGCAAUGCCGGGUGCCUUUUUCUGAAUUCGACACGUGGUGCGGUUGAGGGUCUCUCCGAAAUGAAGGAUCUUGCAGAGAUCGACACGAGCCGCAUAUUCGCCUUCGAUGGACGGCAUGCAGCGAUAUUGGUGACAGAAGAUUGCACUCGGGUAUUCUGCCAACAAAUUUCAGCCGGCCUCUACGAUUUAGGAGUGUCUAUCGAGCCAAGACCUGACUGGCAAGACAUCCUUGAUGCAGCUGCAUCAUCUCUCAUUCCAGAUGGCGUGGGAAGUAACGCGUGCGGAGCCGUCAGCGGAAUGGAACCGCUAUUCAAGGCGGUACCCUUGUGGGCAUCUGUGGUGCAUGUGGCGCCACAUCGGGUCUCAGUUCACCAACGUAGCGCUGACGGCGCCACGGAUGGCGUGGCUUUUCAACACUCCCUCGUAAGCGGAGAUGGUGGGCUUGUCUCAACGGCGAAGGAAGAAAUGUACCACAGCAGCGUUCAAGAUGCAUUCGUCAUUUUCAACACCCAUCCUUCCGGUUCUACGAGGUUUGUCGAACAUUCUCGAGCGUUGACGAGUGGACACACCCAUUCUUCCGAACCACGCCGCACGGUGCCCAAGAAGACCUCGCCACCCAAGCGCAAGAGGAAGGACCCGAAUCGUCCGCGUGGCUAUGUCAGUGCCUUUAACUUCUUCGUCAAGGACAAGCGAUCAGCCUACGUUCGGGAUGCGCAGGGGGUUUCUCCCGGAAACAACAAUGAAGUGAACAAAAUGCUUGGUCAGGCUUGGAAAGAAUUGACCACCGAGGAGAAGAACUGUUAUCAAGCGCGGUCAGACGUGGACAAGUGUCGCUACCUGAAGGAGGUUGCCGAAUACACGCCACCCGUGGGCGGCGCCCGUAUCCAUCCAAGGAUCCACCCCGUGCAUCGAGGCGUGAAGCGGUCUGGGAAUGCCGACGCUGACAAAGAGACCGGUCGUCCAUCGCCAGCAUAUACACACUUUACCAACCAGGAGACGAUCGGGGUGCGAUGUUCCAAGUCGACCGCGGCCAAGAGCUUAAUGAGCAAAACGUUCGGCCGACGGUGGAGUGGUGGUCGUCAGUUUUCUAGGAUGUCACAUGAGGACAAAUCCGGCAAUCCAGGCACCGAGGAGAAAUGCAGAAUGCCAGAUGAAGAGAAGGAGCUGUACAAAGAGCUUGAAGAAGCUGAUAAGACUUUCUACAACACGGCAGCAUAGAUAGCUGCUCCCGGAGAUGAAGAACAACUUGCUUGGCCACUGCUAUUGGAAGAAUGGAUCGCAGCGAUCGUCAUCGUCUGUAGCGUAGUGAUUGGAACGCUGGCCUGUGAAAGUAAGAGAGGAAUCAUGUCACUUCCAUUGGAGCGAAACGGAUAACGUGAUACUCUGAAGCGCCUUGUUUCGCCUUGUUGCAAUUCCUGUUAGAGACCGAUACGGUCUCUAGAGGUUUCAGAGAACGGUAAAAAAAAAUGUGAAUGAAUGAUCGAUC